AUGUCUUCUUCGAGCUCCUCAUCCGACGGUGUUCUUGACGAUAUGGUUAUUGCCAUGACACAGGAGGCGAUUAAUUAUUUGCGAGAAGAAGCCGAAUCCUCUGCAUCGCGUACCAGACAACCGCCUAUUGAACAGAAUCGGUUAGCUGCUCAUGAACGUCUAGUGCAAGAUUAUUUUUGUGAAACUCCUUUGUACGAUGAUGUUCAGUUUAAGCGUAGGUUUCGUAUGAGCCGACGACUAUUCGUUAAAAUUUCCAAUGAUCUUGCGGGCGAAUCCCCUUUUUUCACGCAAAGGGUAAGUGCAAGUCGCAAAGUUGGUUUCUCUGGACUACAAAAGUGUACAGCAGCAAUUAGGCAACUAGCUUACGGCACAACGAGUGAUGCGUGGAAUGAGUAUUUAAGGAUGUCGUCAAGAAUGUAUCGUGUAAUCUCUCUGUACAGGAGACGAUAUUUGAGGAUGCCAACCGCAGCCGACGUUCCACUUCUAUACGAGGCCAUCAGCGCAUACACGGGUUUCCUGGAAUGUUGGGUAGUCUUGAUUGCAUGCACUGAGGAAUGGGGGGCAUGUCAAACCGCUUGGAAAGGGCAACAUCAUCGUGGUGACCACGAUGGUCCUACCCUAAUAUUACAAGCGGUCACUUCACAAGAUUUAUGGAUUUGGCAUGCGUACUUUGGCAUGGCUGGUAUGAACAAUGACAUUGCAGUUUUAGGUGGUGUUUGUUUUUUUGGGUAA